AUGACUUCUCUCGCCGUUUUCAUAGCGUCUGCUGUCUUUGUACAGACAAUCUCUGCACAAUGCUUUAGCAACAUCUACGGCCCUGGCAUGAUAGCUAACAAUCGUGCCAUCAAAAUGGACAACAUGGCCAUGAAUUUAGCGCCAUUGCCAUACCAAGCGAAUAAUAUUUACGGCGCCGCCAAUCCAAUGGCAUACGAUGGCAUUUACGGUCCAGUGAACCCGAUUGCUUUUGAUGGCUUCAAUCAAGCAUUAACUUUGGCUACGCUAGCCGCAUCUAAUUGUAAUAAUUUUGCUGUUAAGAGUUCUUCGCUUUUGACACCAUCUGGAGUGUCUUUAACAUCUGAAAAUCUGGUGAUUGAAGGUCCUUUGGCUGUUAAUGGUCAAUUGCCCUUCUUGGGAACAAUUUCUUUAGAAGGAUCACUACCAGCGGCCGGUAAUGGCGCGGUUGCAUAUGGUGGUGGUAACGGCAAUAUCGCGAUAAUGAAUGAGGACCUACCAUUCGCUCCUCCAAUGAACUACUUGGGCGCUCCAGUUUACGGCCCAGGUUUACCAGGACCUUACAAUUAUAAUGGAUGCAAUCGUGGUGUUUAUUAA